AUGGUGUUACCGCUGUCACUUGCAGCUCGUAAGGGCCUCAUUGAAAUUGUUAGAUAUUUUAUUGACCAAGGAGUGGAUCUUUGUGCAAAAAAUAAGUAUCAGAUAGCACCAAUAGUCGGUGCAUGCAGAGAAGGACACCUUGAAGUUGCUACACUUUUGGCAGAUUGCGGAGCAGAUGUUCAUUCAACAGAUUUUAUUAAGAGGACACCGUUGUUGGUAGCAUCUAAGGUGGGACAACUUGAUAUAGUCAAAUUCCUGCUAAAACGUGGAGCCUCUGUUAACUCAAAAAACUUCUUAAAGAGGACAUCAUUAAUAUUGGCGACAAUAAGCGGCCAUGUUGAGGUGAUCAGGUACCUGCUAGAAAAAGAAGCUGACGUUGAAGCAAAAGAUGAAGAUCAGAAAACGCCCUUGAUCCAUGCAUGUAAGCACGGAUAUGGUGAUAUUGCAAAAAUUUUGGUUGAAAAUAAAGCAGAUGUCAAUGCGAGGGAUUUGGAAAGGAUGACACCACUGUUGGCAGCGUGUGAAAAUGGCAAUACUGAUAUAGCAAAGCUGUUAGUGGAAAAUAACGCUGAUAUAAAUGUCAGAAAUGAAUUUCAGAGAACACCGUUGUUGGAGGCAUGUAUAAGAGGUAACGCUGAAGUUGCAAAACUUUUAAUUGAGCAUAAUGCAGCGGUUAAUUCUGCAGACAUCAACAAGGAAACGCCAUUGUUGGUUGCUUCUAAAUAUGGUCAUUCUGAAGCGGUCACACUACUGACUGAAAGUGGAGCCACACUGGAUUUCAGAAACAAAUUUCAGAGAACACCGUUAUGGAUUGCAUCUGACGAAGGAGCAGUUGCUGUUGUAAAAAUUUUGAUUGCAAAACAAGCUGACAUCAACGCAAAAGACAUUCUUCAGAGAACACCUUUGCUACAAGCUUGUAAAAAAGGGCACGUUGACGUAAUAGAGGUUCUGUUAAAAAAUGGAGCGGAUGUCAAUGCAACAGACAAGCAUAAGAUUACACCGCUGGCAACUGCAACUUACAAAGACUGCGCUGAACUGAAGGAAAUUCUGGAAGCCAAUGGAGCUGUGAAAUGA